CCGUGAUGGCAUACCAGAACUUUCACCCGGCCGCCAUGAACACGGGCGAGAGCCUACUGGAAUAUCUUCAGGGAGCCUACAUGCAGGACACUCCGCUGGAACUCUCUGAGGUGACCAACUUGCUCAAGUCCGGCGUCGACCUGAGUGAGACGGACGACGGAAUGCCCGCGUUGCACUACGCCUGCCUGAACGAAUCCACCGAUCCCCAACAGCUUUUUCUGGUCAUCACCUCUUUGCUGAUGCAUGGUGCUGACCCCAAGGUGAAGGAUUCGGAUGACGACACGGCAUUAGAAGCGAUCCUUGGGAUGGAUGAUGUCGAGGAGGAGGCCUUACAGGCCCAUGUGGCGGCCGCUCGGGCCCUGAUCCACUCGCCGGACCAGCCCGUCGGCAAGGACGAAGUCGCCAGUAUCUGCGGGUGGUUGAGGCAGAAUCUGCCGGAAGCUGUGCAAGCACAGGUCCUGGGUGACUUGGAGAAGCGUUUGGGGAAGGAGGAAGUCGCGAAAGCUUGGACUUCGCAGAUGCUUUUGAAGUACGUGGAGAAUUGUGCCUACGAUGCGAAAAAGCCUUUGCAGAGCACUGUAGUAGCACAGUUCAUCGCCGCGGGCGCGGACGUUUGCAGCAAGAGGAACAGCGCAUCUGUGCUACUUUUGAUGAUUCUCAAUCCAUACUCAAGUUUUUUAGAGAUGACCAAAAUCUGCCGGAUGGUCAUAGAGAAGGACCCGCAGAGCGUGUGCCAGCGGGAUGGAUUUAAGAUGACACCUUUUAACUGGGCCUCGGACUACGAGAAUGUCUCCCUGCAACACGGGGUGAGCCCGCCCAACCCCGCUGUGCUCCUGGCGCUGGUGCCCAGCAUUUUCGAGCUUUGCCCAGACCUCGCGGAGGGAUCUGGCGCUUGUUGCUUGAAGACCACGAAAACCGGCCAAGCUGCAGGAGCAGUGAUGUCAGGCGUGAGCCUACGGUUCUUAGAAGGCGAUCGCGUGCUUUGUCGAGUGGAAGCGCCAGGGAACCAAACAACCUGGGAAGAAGGCGUGGUGGUGGGCCUUUGGUACAGAGAGAAGGGCUGGCCGCCUGAGUUUCCUGGGGCUCCCUAUGAGGUGAAGUUGGACAUCGGCUCACAUGUCUACGCCUUAGUCGACCAUGAUGGCUUGAUCCAACGCGAGGCGAGGCAGACGGUGAAGGCCACGCUGCCAAAGUCCACCGGGCGCUUCCAGAAGCAGCGGCGCGAUGAUGGGAGCUGGGAACUUCUUGACACGAAGUCAGGUAAGGCGCGCGCCUGUUCCCCGCCCGACUCCGAUGAGGACUGAGACGCAGGGCUGAUAGGAUCUCACAGCACCGAAAGCAAAAAAAAACAUG